CGUACGUCAUUUUUUACGUAACGGACAGCUCCCCGGAUGCGGCUGUGAUUGACUAUACCAGGCAAAAAGAGAUCGAAAGCCAAGUGGCGGUGCUGCAGCCCCAGUGGUCGUAGGCAGGAUGCAGACCAUAAAGUGUGUGGUGGUGGGUGACGGGGCAGUGGGUAAAACCUGUCUACUUAUCUCUUAUACCACCAAUGCCUUCCCUGAAGAGUACAUUCCCACAGUGUUUGACAACUACAGCGCUCAGAUGAGUGUGGACGGCCGCACUGUCAGCCUCAACUUGUGGGACACGGCGGGCCAAGAGGAGUAUGACCGUCUGCGCACGCUCUCCUAUCCCCAGACCAAUGUUUUCAUCAUUUGCUUUUCCAUUGGCAGCCCCUCAUCCCACGCCAACGUCAGGCACAAGUGGCACCCCGAGGUGUCCCACCACUGCCCCAACGUGCCCAUCCUGCUCGUGGGUACCAAGAAGGACCUGAGGGGCGAUGCAGAAACGGUGAAAAAGCUGAAGGAGCAGGGCCUGGCCCCGACCACCCAGCAGCAGGGCAACGCCCUGGCCAAGCAGAUUGGGGCUGUUAAAUACAUGGAGUGUUCUGCUCUGCAGCAGGAUGGUGUCAGGGAGGUGUUUGCUGAUGCUGUGAGGGCAGUGUUGUAUCCAGUCACGAAAAAGAACCCCAAGAAAUGUGUGCUGUUGUAAUAAACGGUUCCCACAUGUAGACUGCGUAGAGAGAUGAUGGAGAUCCACAGAUGCAAAGGAAGGCUGAGGAACGAAGGUCGUCAUCUGGCUGCCUCCAUACCACCUCCAGCAGUUCAGACUUUGUUUCUUCUCCUCUCUUACUCCUCUCUUCCUUAUUCAUCUCCUGGAGGAUUUCUCUCCGUUGCCUUCAUCACCAAAGUGACUAUGCCUAAAUGGGGGCAACAGACUGUAUCUCCUCUAUUUUUCUUACAUUUUAACUUUUUAUAUUUACACCUUUUUUUUCCAAUUUUACACCUGUUCUAGAUUUAUAGCUUCUCUGCUUUGCCUUAUAAAAAGCUGAUCAUGGUUGUCACAAGCCAUAAUAACAUCCAAACCAACCAACCAAGCUACCCUGUUUGACUGGAGAGAAGAGAUCUGCCUUUGUUCAGGUGGAGAAAUAAUGACUACCUCAUACUCUCACCUAGGUUGCAUCUCAUGAGUCUCAAGCACCAUCACCAUCAAAGUGCUUUGACUUGCCUAUUUAGAUGUAAUAAACAGACAAGUAGAGGGUGAACAAGUUUUAAUUUCAAGCAGCUUGAGUCCAGGCAAGGUGUGAUGACUCCCAGACGAAUGCCAGUACCCCUUAACCAAUAUGCACAGAUUAGAGGUUAAACUCUCGAGUUGCAGUUCCCUUUGUGCUCAGUCUGGCAUGUUAGAGCUGUCUGGCAGGCUGCCCCCCUGCUCCCACCUCCAGCCUUUCGCACCGCUCUCUCACUGCCACGCAUGGAAGAGCCAGCAGGCCUUUGAAGAUAAACCGGAUCCAUUAAAAGCAGCCGACCAUUUGCCCUCUUCAGUAUUAGAAGAGCAGGUGUCAUAAGGCCUCUGCUAAAUUAACCUGCACCGGUACUGGAUUUCUUGGGCUGACAUCGUCAAGAAGUCAGGUUGUAGUACAGCUCUCCUCUGUCUUCGUCUUAACUCUUGAGGCUCACACUGAGUGCCAUUAAAAACAUGCCUAAGAAUAACUUUUUGACGGGGUGGUGUCAAAGAGACUUUAUUUUAUCUAAUUAUGUUGAAUUUACUCUGUAAAUGAUUUUUUUUCUUCAAAUGUUUUUAACCUAUGAGUGUGGUAAUGGCCAAAGUUGAAUAUAUUUUUUUGUAAUAGCCUAUGUUUAUUUGAUCAGUAAGGUUUGUUUUGUAAUUAAUACUCUGAUAAACCAGAACUCCAUAAGAUUUCCCAUUUCAUUUACACAAUUGCCUUACAUUUAAGGUCAACAGACUAUUACGACUGCAUAAUUGAUUCAAUAUAGCAUAUAAUACCAGAAUAUGUUUUAACUGGCUUAUGCUAGGCUAUAUACUUCUUUUACUAUAUUGUCUUGGUUAGAUGAAUAUCAUUUCAUCUUGAAAGAAGCAGUGUCAUAUCUGCCUUGUUAACCAUAUAACAGCAGUUUGUCUACAGUAUGGAAGGAGCCUUUUAUUUGGUCAGGUGCCUUAUCUAAACCAAAGACCAUAGCAGGGCUCCUUUGUCAAGCCCAAAGGUGGUAAUUACAGUGCUGCAAGUGCCAUGAGACCUUUCAAAUACAGGUCAGACCAACUCUGGGUUCCAUUUUUGUAAUUUCUUCUGAAGCUUUCUGCCUUAGUUCCUGCCAGUAAACACACUCCUCUUGCAGCACUGUUUGUAAGACACAGGUGCUAAACUGACAUUUUGCGCGGCAAGUCUUUGUGCAUUUGCGAAACGGAGCGCUCGUGGCCCACAGCUCUUAACAGAUUGUGGUUUUCAUCCCUGCAUUGCAUGGUGCAGUGAGGGCAAGGCACAAGCACAACUUGCACAUACAGUUAGCAAGAGAUGCGUUGGUGGAACGUGCCUUGUCACAUCUGAGGAUUUUUAUACAUUUUAUAAAUUUUUUUUUAGUAAUGACUGGUUGCUCAUUUGUGCUUACAGCUGCCAGUAAUAACAGCAACCCUUUUACUAUAGUUAUUUUCAUUUACUCACUCGAGCGGUGUGUAUUAUAAUAAGUCAACCUAGAUUAUGGCCUGUGUAAAGUCUAGAAUAACUGACGCGCAACACGAGCGGGAGGUUUUAUGUAACAACAGUGAUGCGGUUUGAGAUCUGCCUAAAGAUGUGUGAAAAUUUCCCAGAUCGGUGUGUGGAGGGUUGAAUGUAAGUGCACAAUAUGUCAAACUGUCAACUGUGGUGAGCUUGUUUUUUUGCCAUGUCCUGAUUUCACUCAGAUAAUGCUGUUGAAGUGGAACAUACACCUGUGGGCUCUGUAUGUCUGUGUCCCGGAGCUGUAUGCUACCGUGUGCGUGGUACUACGCUUUUACACUGGGAACUUGAUUUGUAGAAAUCUGUUUGUUUUAUAUAUAACAAAAGCAUAUUUGUAUAAAUGAACUAACAGUGAGAUGAUUUUAAAUUAUGCCAAAUAAAAUGGUGGUUAAAACCAAA